ACACCAACACUACCGGUCGCCUCCAAACCACCGAGGCUUCAGCAAGAUCACCACAUCUCUGCUGGAAACAACAAACUUCCAACCCCGCACUACCUUGGUCUCCUAACCAACUUUUGUUGACCGGAAAAUUUUGCUUUUUGGUCUCUAUCCAAAGCUAUCUUCUUCCUCUCGUCAUUCCAUUCUGCCAUCGGUCGACUUCAUCCUCUUCGGCAUUUCCAUCGUUGAGCUUGACUCGGUCCGCCUUGUGAUCACUCAAACCAACACUAAAGUUUGGUUGUGAGCGUUCGGAUACCCACCCUACCAGUUCCGGCUCUUAUCCUGCCGUAUCUGCCAACUGGCGACGACGACGAGGUCGUUCUCUAUCCGACACUGUUCAGCUGGCAUUGUGCCGUAAGACACCGCACGUACCACGUGUUUUCUUUCAUCCAAGUCAACAUGUCUGCUCGGCGCUAUACCAUUGACGAGCUGAAGGAGCUCCACCAGCCUUCCAUCGGCAGUGCUGCGCUCAAGUUUUCCGGUAAUCCUGAGAUUGGAGACAUAAUCCGAGGCUCAGGAAGCGAAUCGUCCGAUAACAAAGCGCAUCUGGCCCACAAACCGAGGCACUGGGACGACUCGUCGGUGGCUUCUGAGGAAGUCUUGUUCAAGGGCAACGCCAGCCGUCGCGCUCACCGCGAGGCAACUCGUGAUCCUCACCUCGACAAAGCCCAUCACACAGUCCGCGAGCCAAAGCGUGAAGCUACUGCUCACCGUCACAUUGCCACUCAAAUUAUCGAAGACCCUAACGCUUCAAACGAGGGCGACUGGGUGUACCGCGGCCGCAGCGAUUCAGACGUCGCUUCAACUGAACCCAUUUCAGCCCCCGGAGGGAAGGUGACCCAGGCUAACGAAGGUUUCAAGCGGUUCUACAAGGCCGUUGUGUCACCUACUCACGUCCGGGUUACUGCCGGAGGACGUAUUGUUCCCAACACUCGCGGUCCGCCCUCGCCGACUGCCAAGCGUUCAAAGGAGAGCGGCCUCAAUGAGAACCAGGGCCUCUCUGACAAGACAGUGCAGUCCAGUCCGUCGCUGGGCCAAAUGCCCUUUACUCAACCUUUUCCCGUCAUUGCACCAUACUUCGCCGGCUGCCCUCCUGGCUUCCAAGCUAUUCCCGCUGGCAUUCCGUUCAUGUCCAUGCCCUACGGUGCACAACUUCCCCCUGGAUUCCAGUUCGUGCCUCAGGCUUUCAACUCUACCGGUAUGGCCCAGAUGCCCCAGAACAACAUGGUACACAACAAAGACGUCAACGGUGCACAUUCUGCAGGUUCGCAGGCUCCGACUCCUUCUUUGGGUGACAAGAACGACAAGGUUAAGAUCACUCCUCCCGAGUUCUUCGACCCGAGCAAGCCUUUCAUGUUCAACGGCCAGUAUUUCAUGCCCACUCCACCUGGUGCAACGGCCAACCAGACGGCUGUGCCUUCCAUGGUUGGCGUCCCUUCUGGUGUGACGGGUAUGACUGGACAUUUGAUGCAGCAAUUUCCCGGCAGACCUGGUGGUGUCAUGGGCGCCUUCUCCAUGCCCAACCAGGCAGUUCAAGGCUCAACCGGUGCUUCUGGCAUCAACUACCAAGGCUACUCGGUUGCCAACUACAAGCCACCUCCCAUUCCCCCGGUCAUUUCUUCUAUCAAACCCAGCGACAUCACCAAGAAGCAGAUUGCCGGCUUCAAGCAGUCUCUCAAGUACCAUGAGGAUCAGCUUCAGUACAACCGUCACCAGAUUGACGAGAAGGAGAUGGAGGCAGCCAUCCACAACUAUCGCGAUCUCAUUCAACGUUUUGAGGUCAAGCUCAAGACCGAGCUCGAGUAUGAGCAGUCGGUUCUUGGCCAAUCCGAGCCCAAGGAUAAUGCCACUACCGGAUCUCAAACUCCCAAGGCUUCCAAGAUUGCAAGCAAGCCUGCUGUUGCUGCCGACAGAAAUCUCUCUCAGCCCAUGUCAUCUCUGACCGAAAGCCAGUUGAACUCCAAGUUCAACAACAAGGCUGCCAGUGAAUACACUGAGGAUGAGGACUCUCAGCCGGAUUUGACCCAGCGCAACGACUAUGGUGAGAUCAGGAUGAAGUUCGACCCCGAGGACUCCAUGACUUUUGAGGAGUUCCAGAAGAUGACUGCGAAUCUGCCCCCCGCGGCUGCCGCGGCUCCUGCCUUUUACCCUGGCCGCUUUCGUUCGCUCUCCGAGCUAGAGAGGGCUAGGAUGGAAUCUGACAGACGCCUGUCUGGCAUUCCGGUUGAGGACCCAAUUCCGCCCCCUCCCAUCGACUAUGUGGAAGGUUCUGAGUCCCAUUUUCUCGGCGUUCCCAGCCGCGAGAAUCUGAGCUACUUUGGCAGCAAGUCAAGCACAACUGCCUCAAACUACGGCGUUCCUUACCUCCUCGGAGCCCUUCCCAAGAACGUUGAUUCUCGCAGUGCCACGUCCGAGGAUUAUGUGUACAGCCGACCCUUGACCAAUGAUGAGAUUCGUGCUCGCUGGCUUUUCCAAAACAACGCUCCCAAGGAUGUCAGCAAGGGCCUCCCCAGAUACGAUGGCAAGCAUUUCUACCCUGCUGCCUCCUCAUCGGUUGCCGAGUCUACUGUCCCCGACAGCCCUCAGAUGCGCUCACCUCGUUCUGGCGGUACUGUUAGGCCUGAUGAGUACCGUCUCACUCGUUCGGAUCCCUUCAAUCCCAGCAACCCAUUUCACAGGGGCGAGCCUGCUUCGACCUUGGGUGACGAGGACGACUAUGGUACCAAGGGCUAUGAUUCCAGGCUCUACAGUCAGUCCGACAACAUUCAGCCUCACAUUGAGGGAUUCCACUCCCGUGAGCCGACUGCUACCUACGGGUCUCGCGAGAGCAGCCUUGAUGCUCAUUCCAUGGCUCUUCAGGACCGUCAGGCAGAUAAUGUGUCUGGUGGGGCCAAACUCUGGCCGGAUAUGUUGAAGAAGAGCGGUACCAGCAGUGUCUUAUCCUCGGCCACUGCUACCGGUUGGUUGCCUCAGUACCAGACUUCCACGAUGAUGUCUUUUCCUCCCAGCAACGAUCGUCCGCACAGAGCUGCCCCUUCCCCGGACAAUGAUUGCAGUGAUGGAGGCGCGCUACUCACUCCUAUUCCUGAGAAGCGUGGGGAGAACCGCCCCCUGCAGCAUGUCAGCUCUCUGGGCGAUCAGUUCAAGAACGUCACCAUCGAGGCUUCUGAUCGCCGUAACAUGAACAAGAUUCCUGCUCCCUUCAACCUCUAAGGAGGCGCGGAGGAACCCAGAAAUGCUAGCCAAAUGGACAGUCAUGGUUAUGUAGUAUGCCAUGGGUCAGGGAUCACUAUUCUCAGUCUGCAAAAGCGGAAAACACAGAUCAAGACCUUUCUUCACUGCGCCUGGCCGGAGAGUAUGGACCAUCUACACAAGAAAUGGAAGCAUCGACAUAUGGUUGGAAGCCUGAUUCGAACACAAGAACAUGGCAAAAAGCCUUCUGCGAACACACAACUUCAUUAUUUCUUGUUUCAUUAUUGCACUACCCACAUCAGUUUUAUGGCUUUUAUGAUACGCGGCAUAGGCUCUACAGAUGAGCAUGAGUUCCGCGCAGAUCCACAUUCAUAGAUGCGUUGUAUCAGCAUCUUAGUUGAGGGGAACAUAAAAGAGAGAUAGAGUAUCGGGAUAUGACCGACAGAUUACGAACUACCAGAUCAUGUAAAGUAGGGUUAGCAUAGCACCGAACAAUAUUGUAGAACAGAAGCAUGGCCAAUGCAGUGAUUGUGUGAUUG